AUGAGCAACCUCAAACGAAAAGACGCCCCCGGCGGCAAUCCGCCUUCAAAAUCGGCAAAGAAUACAAAAGAAGCCAGACCUACCAAAAAAGAAAAUGUCGGCAAAGAUGCGAAGCCCGCUCCCAAGAAGAGUGCUGAGACAGCCGACAAGGCUCCUGUUGUGUCGCUCUUGAAGGAAGACGAGCCAAUGUUCCCUCGAGGUGGCGCCAGCGUCCUCACUCCUCUCGAGCAGAAAAAGAUUCAGCUUGAAGCCAAGGCUGAUGCCAUGCGCGAAGAAGAAUUCAACACUGGCAACAAGGUCCAAAAGAAGAAGAAGCGGAAGACUGCCCUGAAGGGUGACAAGAAGUCAGACAAGAAGACCGGAGAGGAGGAACAAGCAGUCAGAAUUGAGAGUCUGAGCUUCAAGAAUCUGGUCAAAGGCUCUCUUGUUCUUGCACAGGUCACACGAAUCAACAACCUCGAUCUCGAAGUCGCAUUACCAAACAACCUUACCGGACAUAUCUCAAUCGUCGCCAUCUCCCAACAAUUGACGGAACGUCUCGAAAACGAGACUACAGAGAAGGACGACGAGGAAGAAGGCGAGGCAGAGGAUGAUGAGGGUAUCGACCUCAAGUCUAUCUUUUCUGUUGGUCAAUACUUGAGAGUGUACGUGGCAUCUACUGCCGAGGAGUCUACUGCCGGAAAGAGCAAGCGACGCAUCGAAUUGUCCCUGCGACCCAAUGAGGCCAACACGGGCCUGUCGAAGGAUGAUGUUGUUCCUAACACCACGGUUAUGGCGUCUAUUGUCAGCGUUGAGGACCGUGGCUUUGUGAUGGACACCGGUAUUGAGAAUCUUGGUGCUUUCCUUGCAAAGAGUGAGGUUGAUAAGAACAUCGACGAGCAAAGAUUGCAGCCAGGCGCUGUUUUCUUGUGCCAGGUGAUCAGCAAGGGUGCCAAUGGUAAGAUCGCACAGCUCUCACUUCAACAGAAGAAGAUUGGUAACCCCAAGAGUAUCCCUGCCGAUGCCACGACCAUCAAUACCUUCCUCCCUGGUACCAUGGCAGAUGUACUCAUCUCCAACACCGACCGACGAGGUCUUUCUGGAAAGAUCAUGGGUCACCUAGACGUGACUGCAGAUAUCAUCCAAUCUGGAGCUGGCCCUGCUGGUGUGAGUUUGGAUACAGCGUACAAGAUUGGCUCAAGAGUCAAGGCCCGAGUAAUUUGCAACUUCCCUGGUGCCAGAGAGCCCAAGCUCGGAAUCUCCCUUCUUCCACAUAUUACCGCCCUCGAGAAGAAACGACCUACCAAGUCAACCGAUUCUAAGAAGAACCCAACUCAGGUUCUCCCCAUCUCAUCUCUUGUUGAGAAAUGCACAGUCCGUCAUGUUGAGCCUGAUAUUGGUCUGUUCGUCGAUAUUGGCAUCCCUGGCUUGAGCGGAUUUGUCCAUAUUUCACGAGUCAAGGAUGGCAAGGUGGAAGCACUGUACGAAGCAAGUGGCCCUUACAAGGUUGAUACGGAGCACAAGGGCCGUGUUAUUGGCUACAACGAAAUGGAUGGCCUCUUCCAAAUAUCCUUUGAGAAGUCCGUGCUUGAGCAGCAAUAUCUCAGACUGGAAGAUGUUCCCAUCGGUGCCGUUGUAACAUGCAAUAUUGAAAAGGUCCUUAUUGAUGAGAAGGGUGUCAGCGGUCUCGUCGUCAAGGUUGCUGAGGGUAUCACUGGCUUCGUUCCCGAACAACACUUUUCUGAUGUGAAGCUACAACACCCCGAGAAGAAGUUCCGACAGGGCAUGAAGGUCAAGGCUCGAGUUCUUUCAACCAACCUAUCCAAGAAGCAAAUGCGCCUUACCUUGAAGAAGACACUCGUCAACUCGGAAGCUCCUGUUAUCAAGGCUUACGAAGAGGCUAGUGUUGGAAUGCAAAUUCCUGGUACCAUUAUCAAGAUCCAGUCUUCCGGCGCCAUCAUCCAAUUCUUUGGAGCUGUCCAAGGAUUCCUGCCGAUCUCAGAGAUGAGUGAGGCCUACAUCAAGGACCCUAAGGAACAUUUCCGAAAUGGCCAAGUUGUCAGCGUACAUGUCCUUGACGUCGAGCCUGAGUCUAAGAGACUCGUCGUAUCCUGCAAAGACCCUUCUGCUUUCGGCCUGGAUAAGCAGAAUGCCCUCAAGAAGCUUCAGCUUGGUGAUAUUGUCUCUGCCAAGGUCACACAAAAGACCGAAGAUCAGGUUUUCGUUGAAUUGGCCGACGCUCAGCUCAAAGCUAUCCUCCCUGUUGGCCAUCUCACUGAUAAGUCAACAUCCAAGAACCAAUAUGCUCUCAAACGUAUUGCUGUUGGUCAGACCCUUUCUGACUUGGUGAUCAUCGAGAAGAACGAGAACCGACGUGCUGUUAUUCUUAGUCACAAGCCCAGUCUUGUCAGUGCUGGAAAGGACAAGACCUUGCUUACCAGCUUUGAGGAUGCUAGGGAAGGCAAGAUUGUUGCUGGAUUCGUUAGGAACAUUACUGUUACUGCCGUCUUCGUUCAGUUCGGUGGAGGUGUGAACGCUCUUCUUCCCAAGGCUCGCCUUGCUGCAGACAUUCAGGACCUCCCUGACUUUGGCAUGCACAAGCACCAGUCAAUCGAAGUCAAGAUUGUCUCAGUUAUUCCUGAUCACAAGCGUAUCGUAGUGGCCCCUGCUGACUUCGACGAGUCUGUCGAAUUAGAUAAAAAGCUUAAGGCCAGCGACAAGCCUGCUGCUUCAGAUGAUAUUGAGUUUGGAACUGUGGCUAAGGCUAAGAUUACAUCCAUCAAGGAUACACAGCUUAAUGUUCAGCUUGUCGACAGCAAGGUUCAGGGCCGAAUUGAUGUCUCUCAAAUUUUCGACAAGUGGGAGGAUAUCACCGACCCCAAGGACCCUCUGGACAAGUACAAUAAGAAGCAGACCGUGUCAGUACGCGUUAUGGGAGUCCACAGCGCCAAAGAUCACCGAUUUUUACCAUUCUCUCACCGAUCCCUCCACUCUGUGCUCGAGCUUACCGCAAAGCCUAGCGACCUCAAGGCCAAGACUCUCGAACCCCUGUCUCUUGAGAACCUCAAGGUUGGUGACACUUAUGUCGCCUUCGUCAACAACUCCAGCCCCCAACAUCUCUGGGUCAAUCUUUCUCCCUCAGUCCGGGGCAGAAUCUCUGCCAUGGAAGCAUCCGAUGACCUUUCUCAACUCAACGAUCUCGAGGCAAACUUCCCUGUGGGCUCAGCCUUGAAGGUGAGAGUGACUGGUGUCGAUGCUCGCAACAAACGUCUGGACCUGUCUGCUCGCUCUUCCAACUCUUCCGAGACUGUUACUUGGAGUGCUCUUAAGCAAAACAUGGUUCUUCCUGGACGAGUCACAAAGGUCAACGAGCGCCAGGUCCUCGUCAAGCUGAGCGAACUUGUGUCAGGACCCGUUCACCUUCCCGAUAUGGCCGAUGACUUUGACACUAUCGACACUCUGAAGCAAAAGAAGGGCGACAUCGUUCGCGUUUCUAUCGUGGAACUUGAUGCAAGCAACAAGAGACUCCGACUAUCAACCCGUCCAUCUCGUAUCAUGAGCUCUACACUCCCAGUCAAGGAUAAGGAGAUCAGCGACGUUUCUCAAUUGGAUGCUGGUGACGUUGUCCGAGGAUUUGUCAAGAAUGUCUCAGACAAGGGACUUUUCGUUCUCCUCGGUGGACAGGUUACUGCUCUGGUCAAGAUUUCGAACUUGUCAGAUCGGUAUCUGAAGGAGUGGAAGGAUCAUUUCCAAAUUGACCAGCUUGUCAAGGGCCGAGUUAUUGCUGUCGACAAACAGACUCGCCACGUGGAGAUGAGCUUGAAGUCUUCAGUCGUUGACGAGGACUACACCCCUCCCAUUACAUACAAUGAUAUCAAGGAAGGCCAGAUCGUGACCGGAAAGGUGCGAAAGGUUGAGGAGUUUGGUGCUUUCAUCCUGAUCGACAACUCCGACAAUGUCAGCGGUCUCUGCCAUCGCAGUCAGAUGGCUGAGAACCCUGUCAAGGACGCAACCAAGCUCUACAAGGAGGGCGAUGCUGUCAAGGCACGUGUUCUUGAAGUGGACACGAACAAGCGACGAGUUACCUUCGGACUUAAGCCUUCACUUUUCGAGGAUGCUGAUACCGAUAUGGAUGACUCUGAUGCCGGUGUUGAGCUCGAUGAGGACGACAGUGACGAUGAUGUGGACAUGGAUGAUGCUGGUGCACUCCUCAAGAUCCUGGGCACAGAUAAUGCGGGAGACUCAGACGAAGAUGAGGAUGAGGACGAAGGCGAAGACGACGAGGAUGAUGAUGAGGAUGAUGAUGAGGAUGACGAGGAGGAAGAGGACGAUGAUGAGGAUGUGGAGAUGGAGGACCAACCGACCAAGAAGAAGUCCAAGGGUCUCGGUGCAGGAAAGAAGUCUGAGUGGUCUGCUGACCCCUUCGAUGAGCCAGAAUCAGAGUCAGAGGAGCAAACGAAGGACAAUGAAAAGACAAGGAAGAAGAGGCGGAACAAGGACGAGAUCCAGGUCGACCGAACUGCUGAGCUGGAUGCCAAUGGCCCCCAGACCUCUAGCGAUUACGAGCGAUUACUGCUUGGACAGCCUGACUCGUCAGAGCUGUGGAUUGCCUACAUGGCUUUCCAGAUGCAAGUGUCAGAGCUCUCCAAGGCCCGUGAGGUUGCCGAGCGAGCCAUCAAGUCUAUCAACAUCCGUGAAGAGACGGAGAAGCUCAACGUCUGGGUUGCUUACCUCAACUUGGAGGUUGCCUACGGAACUAAGCAGACAGUGGAGGAGGUCUUCAAGCGGGCUUGUCAAUACAACGACGCGCAAGAGGUCCAUGAGCGACUGGCCAGUAUCUACAUCCAGUCCGAGAAGCUCAAGGAUGCCGACGCUUUGUUCGAAACAAUGGUCAAGAAGUUCGGUGCCAAGUCUCCCAACGUCUGGCUCAACUAUGCCCAUUUCUUGCAUGCUACCAGCAACAAUCCUGACCGAGCUCGUGCUCUUCUCCCCCGGGCCACUCAGCAACUCGGCGAUCGUCACAGUCAGACUCUCGUGAGCCGCUUCGCCGCUCUAGAAUUCCGAUCCCCCAACGGUGAGCCCGAACGAGGCCGUACUAUGUUCGCGACUCUUCUGGCUGCCUACCCCAAGAAGGGUGAUCUCUGGAGUCAGCUUCUUGAUCUCGAGAUCGGUCUUUCCGAGGCUGACCCCACCGCUAUCCGUGACGUUUUCGAUAGACGGACACGAGUUAAGGGCUUGAAGCCCAAGAUGGCUGAGAAGUGGUUCAGACGCUGGGCUGACUGGGAGAAGAAGCUAGACCCCAAGGGCAAGGACAAGGUGAUGGCUAAGGCCCAGGAGUGGGCUGUUGCCUUCAAGGCGAAGAAGGAGGCUGAUGCUGCGGCUGCGGCUGCGGCUGAGGAUGAGGAUGAAGAGAUGGAGGAGUAG